CACCAAGAAAGAGAAAGGAAAAGAGAAACAAACACAAGGUACGAUUAUACGAAGAACAAAAGGUCGUUCGCUUCGUGCUUCGGGUGACUAUUUCUCUUCAUCACCGUCGUUUUCCCUGGAUACCAUUUUCCUCUGAUCGACGAAGAUGUUGGAGAAGAUCGGAUUGCCGGCGAGGCCUUCUAUGCGAGGAAGUAAUUGGGUAGUCGCUGCAUCUCAUUGUCAAGGAUGUUCUUCCCAAUUUACCUUCAUUAAUCGGAAGCAUCAUUGCCGCAGGUGCGGGGGCCUGUUCUGCAACAGCUGUACCCAGCAGAGAAUGGUUUUACGUGGCCAAGGUGACUCGCCGGUUCGGAUUUGUGAUCCUUGUAAAAAUCUAGUGGAGGCUGCACGGUUUGAGAUGCGACAUGGACAUAAGAAUAGAACUGGAAGAGGUGGCCCAACACUGACACCGAAGUAUGAGGAUGAAUUUCUAAAUCAGAUUCUUGACAGUGAUGGAAAGAACUCACUGCUAUCAGGACAAGAAUCCGUUGUUAAAGCUACCUCUAUGGGAAGUGCAUCUAGUUCAAGUCUACAUGAUGAAGCUUUCACUGAGGAUGGGGAAGGAGCUUUAACUAGGAGUCACUUUGUUGAUACACAUGGUAAUGCUCUGAAUGAGACAGGAUGUACCAGCCCAGAGGACUUGCGUCAACAAUCACUUGAAGAGAAAAAGAAAUACAGAGUUCUCAAGGGAGAAGGAAAGCCUGACGAAGCUUUAAGAGCCUUUAAACGUGGCAAAGAGCUUGAGAGGCAAGCUGAAGCUUUAGAAGUUGCAUUAAGAAAGAAACGCAAACAGGCCAUCUCUUCUGGUAGUCUGGCUGAUGUCCAGAAAGUGAAAGAUGAGCUUAAUUCUGAAGAAUCUGGAAGGAAGAGUAAACUUUCUCCCCAAUUAGUUAAAGAAGAAAAGGUUGACCUUACCGCUGAACUCAGAGAACUGGGAUGGUCUGAUACAGAUCUUCAUGAUGCAGAUAAAAAUCCGCGAAAGAUGAGUGUGGAGGGUGAACUGUCUGCUCUUCUUCGCGAAAUGCCUCGAAAACCUAAUUCAGGUAAGUCAGGUGGUAGUAUUGAUAAGUCCCAAGUCCUUUCUCAUAAGAAGAAGGCACUUAUGUUCAAGCGAGAAGGGAAGCUUGCAGAAGCGAAGGAAGAACUAAGAAAAGCUAAAGUCCUAGAAAAGGAACUCGAGGAACAGGAGUUAUUGGCUGAGGCUGAUGAUUCUGAUGAUGAGUUAUCUUCUCUGAUCCGUAGCAUGGAUGAUGAGAAACCAGAUGAUUUCUCAAUUAGGAUUGAACAGGGUCUUGGUUAUGGCUUUAAUGACCCUGUUGAAAUUCCUGAUAAUUUUGGUCUUGACGGUAACUUUGAAGUGACAGAUGAGGAUAUGGAUGAUCCAGAGAUGGUUGCAGCCUUGGAAUCAGUAGGUUGGACAGAAGAUUCUGAAUCCCAUGGGGGUGCGGUGCCACAGGCUACUCCAAGGGACAUGGAAGUUUUACGAAGUGAAGUUCUUUCUCUGAAAAGAGAAGCACUUAACCUAAAACGGGCAGGUAAUGUUGCUGAAGCAAUGUCACAGCUAAAAAAGGCAAAAAUUCUUGAAAGGGACCUUGAGAAUUUCCAGUUUCCAGAAGAUAUGGUAGAGGGUUUGACCUCUAAAACUACUGAAAAUCCAUUGAGGAAAAUGGAGGUGCAUGUGGGAACCAAUGUUUCACCUGAUACAGAUCCUAAAUUCCCACAGAAGAGUAAAUUAGUGAUUCAGAAAGAACUUCUGGGUCUGAAAAAGAAGGCCCUUGCUUUGAGAAGGGAAGGACGACUAGAUGAGGCCGAAGAGGAGUUGAAGAAAGGAAAAGUCCUUGAACUCCAACUUGAACAGAUGGAGAGUGCACCAAAAGUGCGGUCCACCGAGACAAAUUUUGGUGGCAGGGACAUUGAACCAGCAUACAAACACCAAGACAUCUCUUCUACUUUGGUUCUUGGAGAGGAAGGAGAUGAUGAGGAUGUGACAGAUCAAGAUAUGCAUGAUCCAGCAUUCCUUUCUCUGCUAAAUAAUUUGGGAUGGAAGGAUGACGAUAUUGAACCUGUUAGGUUGCCAUCGAGACCUGUCAAACAGAUUGUUAAUUCUGAGCGCAUCACUGACCCAUCUGAAACUGAAGCCCCUUUUAGAAUCCCAGCUGUGGGUCCAAGAAAAAGUAAAUCUGAAUUGCAAAGGGAACUCCUGGGCUUAAAAAGAAAAUCCCUUGCUCUGAGACGCCAAGGAGAGGCGGAAGAGGCUGAGGAAGUAUUAAGAAUGGCAAAGGUAUUGGAGGACCAAAUAGCAGAGAUGGAAGUUCCAAAGAAAGAAUUGCCUGGUGACCUUAAUAAAGAACCUGCUGGUUCUGGAUCUUUGAUUUCUCAAGAGAGACACAGAAACAAUUACUCUGUUUCGGAAAAUAGAGCCACUAAACCCCCCCUGAGGAAUCUUGUGGAGGAUGAAGAGAGUAUGACGGAAGAUAUGCAUGAUCCAGCAUUUUCUUCAGUGUUGAAUUUGGGAUGGAAUGAUGAUGCUGAACCUGUAAGGAUGCCAGCGGAAGCUUUGAAGCAAAUUGUUGAUCAUUCGGGACAUGGCACUGGCUCUCCAGUUAUCCAAGCCUCUUCUGAGAUCUCUGUUGUGGCACCAAGGAGGAAUAAAGCUGAAAUCCAGAGGGAGCUCUUAGGGUUGAAAAGAAAGGCCCUCACCCUUAGACGCCAAGGAGAGGGGGAGGAGGCUGAAGAAGUCCUGAGGAUGGCAAAGGUAUUAGAGGCCCAAAUUGAAGAGAUGGCAGCUCCCAAGGAUGACCCAGUCAACUCUAGAAAGGGUAAGGAACAGGGUGGUCUGGUUUCUUUGGCUGUGCAAUCACAAAAUCAAAACAUAAAAGCACAGGAAGUGAAUAGAGUGACUGAGUCAGAAAUGGGUCCAAUGAUUGAUGCAACUGAGUUGUCAAAGGGGUUUAGUUGGAAAGAACGAAACGACGCUAAACCUCCUCAAAGUUCUGUCAUUUCAGUCCCUGAAACUUCUAGGCCAAUAGUAGAUGAGUCUCCCACUGUGGAAAAUUUUCAUCGGGCUCAAUCAGGCAAAUCUCUAAACCCAGUAGAUUUGCUCACUGGGGAUGGGUGGGAAACCUUUCAAUUACCUGUUGAAGAAUGGGAAAGUAAAGGUACCGUCAAGAGUACUGCCAAGGAAGUUGGAAGCAGGGAUGCAGUUGGUUCAGAGAUUAGAGAGAAAUCAGUUCCUGUAAGACCGGCCCCUGAAGUGAAUAUUUCUUUUGAGCCCAAUUCUUAUGACAAUAAAAGUCAUCAGCAACAAGAGAUAGUGGCUCACAAAAGAAAGGCAGUUUCUUUGAAGAGAGAGGGGAAGUUAGGAGAAGCUCGAGCUGAACUGCUGCAGGCCAAGCGCCUAGAGAAGAUUCUAAAUGACGAACAUCCCCAGGCUGCUGUAGGUCCUUCUGCUCCUUCAGUUUCUACUGUCAACAAUGCUUCUAUUGGGCAAGGAGAGCGCAAGACAUCAAAUCAAGGUCCAAAAGCAAUAUCUGGUCGUGAUCGUUUCAAGUUGCAGCAGGAGUCCCUUGCUCAUAAACGUCAAGCUUUGAAGCUAAGAAGGGAAGGUCGGAUACAAGAAGCAGAAGCUGAGUUUGAAUUGGCCAAGAGUCUAGAGAUGCAGUUGGAAGAAUUGUCUGGUCAUGAUUCAUUGAACAACAGUAAAUCUACCAAGGAGGCAGAAUUAGGGGAUGAUAUGGGUGUUGAGGAUUUUCUAGAUCCUCAGCUUUUAUCUGCCCUCAAAGCAGUUGGUGUGCAUGAUGCUGACAUUGUUUCUCAGGUCCCAGAAAGAUCUGAAGCUACUAAACAGAACCUUAGUAAGAGGGAAAGCUCCAGCCAAGAGAGAAGUCAACUGGAGGAGAAAAUCAAGGCUGAGAAGGUGAAGGCACUUAAUAUGAAAAGGGCUGGUAACCAAGCUGGGGCCUUGGAUGCGCUUCGGCGGGCCAAACAGCUUGAGAAGAAGCUAAACCCCUAGGCUUCAUAGCUAAUAAAAUCCUUUUUUGUUGUACAAUCUAAAGUUUUUUUUUUUAGCAAUAGAGAAUGUCAAAGAAGGGGAAUUUUCCCUGAGGUUUGUUUGUAGACAAAAGGAAAUGUGAGGUGUAUAACAGAGUUACAGGUAUGACAAUUAUUUGCUUUUCUAAUCGGUCAAUGGAGCUCUUCUGCUCGAGGUAAAA